UAUCCGCAAACUCUGUACGUGCUGGAGCCGUCUGAUUUUGAAUCAGAAUAAACUCCCUAAAACCGAAGAAUCGAGGAAUGGACCUGUCAUUGGCCAUUUAUGUACUGGCAUUCUUCCCCACCACCUUUGCUUUGGACAAUGGAUUGAUGAAGACCCCUCCCAUGGGCUGGUUGGCAUGGGAACGGUUUCGCUGCGACAUUGACUGCAGGCAUGACCCCAAGAAUUGUAUCAGUGAGAGGCUGUUCAUGGAUAUGGCGGACAGGCUGGCCGAGGAUGGGUGGAGGGAGUUGGGAUAUGUCUACAUCAACAUCGACGACUGCUGGUCCUCCAUGGAGCGUGACAAAGAGGGGAGACUGCAGCCCGACCCUCAAAGGUUCCCCGGAGGAAUCCCAAAGCUGGCGCGUUACAUCCACGACCGCGGGCUGAAACUGGGUAUCUAUGGCGACCUGGGCACACACACCUGCGGGGGCUACCCUGGCACUACGCUGGACAAGAUCCACACGGACGCCCAGACCUUCGCCGACUGGGGUGUGGACAUGCUGAAGCUGGACGGCUGCUACUCCAACAGCACUGAACAGGAGCAGGGGUACCCUCUGAUGUCAAAGGCUCUGAAUGCCACAGGCCGUCUAAUUGCCUACUCCUGCAGCUGGCCCGCCUACCAGGGUGGACUCCCCCCCAAUGUGAACUACACCCAGCUGGGGGAGAUCUGUAACCUGUGGCGUAACUAUGAUGACAUUGAGGACUCGUGGGAUAGCGUGCUCAGCAUUGUAGACUGGUUCUCAGACAAUCAGGAUCUCCUGCAGCCGGCUGCAGGCCCUGGACGCUGGAACGACCCAGACAUGCUGAUUAUCGGAGACUUUGGUCUGAGCCUGGAACAGUCACGCUCUCAGAUGGCUCUCUGGGCAAUCAUGGCAGCCCCGCUUUUCAUGUCCAACGACCUUCGAACCCUGAGCAACGACGCGCGGGCCAUCCUACAGAACAAAGUCCUCAUUGGAAUUAACCAGGACCCCAUGGGCGUCCAGGGCAGACGCCUGCUGAAGGAGAAGACUCGUAUCGAGGUGUUCUGGCGCCCCCUGUCUGAUUCGGCCAGCACUCUGGUGUUCUUCAGCCGCCGGUCUGAUAUGCCGUAUCGAUACAGGAGCUCCCUGGGGAAGCUGGGAUACAAAGCUGGCAACUAUAAGGUAUAUGAUGUGUUUACAGGGAAGACCAUGCCUGCAUUGACAGACACAACAAAUUUUACCGUCUCCAUCAACCCAUCGGGGGUUGUCAUGUGGUUUCUGUCUCCCACAAAGCUGUGGGGACGGGAAGGAGAACAUCCCAGCUUACUGCACAACCAUGUUGAGGAGAUUGUCCACCCUAUUCUUCUCUAAGUGCCCAGAAUGAAGACUAAUCUCUGCCCCUUUUUAUACCUGGCCAAACAGCUGCUCUCAGGGAGACCCUUGUAUCAGGUGAUG